AUGGAGGAUGCAUUAAGGAACCCCGAGACAUCGAGAACCGUAGGGACGGAGGGAGGGAUGCUCUACAGCACCAAAUUUCUCGCCAGCAACAAAUUUGGUGCUAGCACUAAAUUUAGUGCUGAGUUCAGCCUGGUAGACAAGUGCUACAAGGUGCAUGACGCUGACGUUACAUGGGAAGAAGGCAAGCAGCAGUGUGUUGAGUUGGGUGGGGUGAUGGUUGUCACUCAAUCUGAAGAAGAGAUACAACACCUUCUCAACAUGUGCGACUGCGAUAGGUUCUGGAUUGGUUGCAACGACAUUCAAACUGAAGGUACCUGGGUGUGUUUGAAUGGUGAAGCUACUAUUGGGUCAGAUGACAAGAGAUGGGAUGUUGGUCAGCCAAAUAAUCAAAACGAGGACCAAUCUUGCGCCGAAGUUCUCGUUUAUCCAGCAAGCGGAACUUCAGCCGCCUGGCAUGAUAGGGAAUGCCAUGCUUAA